CCUCCCCCUUGCUCUGUCUAUUCUCUCCCUCCUUUCUAUUGUCUCGUCAAAACCACAGAAAAGAAUCGAGAGAAAAUUGUAAGCUUCGUAUGUUCGAGCGAUCUUUUUAAUAAAUGAACUCGACUCGCUUUUAAAUUGUAGUAUGUUGAUCAGACAUCAGUUCCCAUUUAGAGUUGGUUUUAUGAUCAUUUCUUAUUUAAUUUCUUCUAUUUGCCGCCUUCAUUUUUCAAUAAUCUAACGCAUCUCAAUACAUCUCCCCCAAUCUCUCUCUCUACAAAACGUCCUCUCUGGCUUUCUUCAUUUGAGUUUCACUUUUUCUGUUAUAGAAAAAAACGUCGAAAGGGAAAAAGAGAAGAGAGACCCUGAGAGUUCUCUGUUGCAGAAGAACCAAAAAAAAAGCCCUAAUAUCAGAUGGGAGACCAGAAGAGGAGACGGGGUCGAAAACCCAAGAACCCAGUGGCCGAUACUAUGGAUUUCCAAAUGAACAAUACCGAGACCACUUCCUCGGCUGCCAUUGACGACGUUUUCUCCGUCGGCAAUGUUGAAAUUGCUGAGGACGAUUCCCCCGUUGCCUCUACGGGGCGUGGUCGACCUUGCAAGGUUGCAAAGCAUGCCGAUACCAGUGCCGUCGCUUCUCCGGUGCGAAACAUUUCUCGGGUAGUCGAAAACAAUGGAGAGUGCGUGCUUGCUGUAUCCGUCGCCGGCGAUAUUGCGAGGCAUAGUUCGGUUGUUGAGCCACCUCCAAGGUGGGAAAAUGUAGUGAAGGUUGUGCCUUCCAUGGAUGCGGUUGUUAAGGUGUUUUGUGUUCACACGGAGCCCAAUUUCUCAUUGCCGUGGCAGCGGAAGAGACAGUAUAGUUCGAGUAGUAGUGGGUUCAUAAUUGGUGGACGGAGGGUAUUGACAAAUGCACACUCUGUAGAGCAUCAUACCCAGGUGAAGCUUAAGAAACGUGGUUCUGAUACCAAGUAUUUGGCGACAGUGCUUGCUAUCGGGACUGAGUGUGAUAUCGCGAUGCUAACUGUUAAUGAUGAUGAGUUCUGGGAGGGAGUUUCACCGGUAGAAUUUGGUUCCUUGCCUGCACUCCAAGAUGCUGUAACUGUUGUGGGCUACCCAAUUGGCGGAGACACAAUUUCUGUGACAAGUGGCGUGGUGUCACGCAUGGAAAUCCUGUCAUAUGUCCAUGGGUCCACUGAGCUUCUGGGUUUACAGAUAGAUGCAGCUAUUAACUCGGGAAAUUCUGGUGGUCCUGCUUUUAAUGAUAAAGGGAAUUGUGUAGGAAUUGCAUUUCAGUCCCUUAAGCAUGAAGAUGUGGAGAAUAUAGGUUAUGUCAUACCUACACCUGUCAUUAUGCAUUUCAUUAUAGACUAUGAGAGGAACAAAGAAUACACAGGGUUCCCUACUCUUGGUGUUGAGUGGCAAAAGAUGGAAAAUCCAGAUUUGCGCAUGGCGAUGGGCAUGACAUCUGAUCAGAAGGGUGUUCGUAUUAGAAGAGUUGAGCCCACUGCUCCAGAAUCUCAAGUUCUGAAGCCAUCUGACAUUCUUCUCAGCUUUGAUGGAAUUGAUAUUGCUAAUGAUGGAACAGUUCCAUUCAGGCAUGGAGAGCGUAUUGGAUUUAGUUACCUGGUUUCUCAAAAAUAUACCGGAGAGAAUUCUGUAGUUAAAGUACUCCGCAAUUCGGAGAUUUUUGAAUUCAACAUAAAGCUAGCAACUUACAAACGGCUCAUUCCGGCACAUAUCAAGGGCAGACCUCCAUCAUAUUACAUAAUUGCUGGAUUUGUCUUUACAACUGUAUCUGUUCCAUAUCUUCGCUCUGAGUAUGGAAAGGAUUAUGAAUAUGAUGCACCAGUCAAACUAUUGGACAAGCAUUUGCAUGCAAUGGCACAAUCAGAAGAUGAACAGCUUGUGGUGGUUUCUCAGGUGCUUGUAGCUGAUAUCAAUAUUGGUUACGAGGACAUUGUCAAUACUCAGGUUCUUGCUUUUAAUGGCAAACCUGUCAAGAAUCUGAAGAGCUUAGCAAGCAUGGUUGAAAACUGUGAUGAUGAGUUUUUGAAGUUUGAACUGGAGUACCAACAGCUAGUGGUUCUACAGACAAAGAUUGCCAAGGCAGCAACACUAGAUAUUGUGACGACCCACUGCAUACCUUCAGCAAUGUCUGAAGAUCUUAAGUGAGGAGGCAGAAACAAGGUGGAAAUACAUGGAAUUACCAUCUUGCUUACGGAGUAUUGACAGUCGAAGUACCUAUUAUCCUUUUUGGUCAGAAUCCCCAAUGAGUGUAAUGGUCUGCAGUUUUUUGUUGGUUAAAUUGAUCCCAAAAACAAACAAAAGGCAAGAGCCGCAUAUGGUAUUUCUUUGUAGCUGUUAUAGCAAGAAACCAAUCUAUACAGAGGGUGCUGUGGUAUAGAAUUUUUCUCCGCAUCUGUUGGAUGCAGGAGCGGAGUAAAGCAUGAGGGGUGUGAAAGUGAAAUUGGUAGUGAUGCAUGACAUAGAUGAUAGAUAUAUGCUUUUUGAGAAGUUAAAAUUCUGCUGCAUUGAUGCUUCUGAUAUAAAGAAGAUUGAAAUGAAAAAAGAGUUGGGGUUUUUCUUUUGUAUUUUGUGUUCGCUUACUGUUCGGAUGUAUAUUCAAUGCUAGAAGGAAAAGAAAAUGAUAUGAAAUUGUUCAUGGAUGGUCGAUGGUGAGAAAUCAUGGGAAGAGGAGAAAGGCCGUAAUAUGAGGUUGGGUCGUCAGGUGGCAGGAAGGAGGAAGCUCUGCCUCUGUUGUAUUUUUCUCCAGGUAUUUUCCUGUUUUUAAAAUGAAGUCCAGUCCAGGCUCCAGGGUUACGCUAUUGCCGCCAUUUUUCCUGAAUACUUGACUUUUUGGUCGGUACUCGGUACUCGGUACUCGGUACUCGGUAGUAGCAUUCUUCUAUCAAUUCAAUUUUAUUUAAAAGCCGUAGAACGGGCCCUUGUUAUGUAGUUGUUACGGGGUUUACUCCAUUUCGACACAGGCUCUCAACUCUCUCCACAUGCAGCCAUGCCUUUCAGGCUUCAGCACUAUAAUGAUUGAUGAAGUUUAUAUGGACUGACGUGGACAGCGCAGGACAAAGUAGAAUAAUAAAUUGAAUGGAGUCACAAAAUACAAAAAGGUUAGUGGUUGGAGUUGGAGACGAUCAUCUCUGGGUUGUGACUUGUGAAUUGCGUAGGGUGUAGGGUGGGGGAGAAUUUGAUGAUGGUUGGUUGUUACCCGUUUCCCUUUGGUGUGUGCCUACUGCCUAGUGGUGGACUGGUGGGUUGAGAGGUGAAUGGCAUUGAAAUGUAUUAUCUAUUAUGUGAUCCUUUUCCAAAAUUCCAAUUCAUACAUGAGAUGAGAUGAGCUGUACUUGACAAGUCGCCGCUGUUUCUCCGCCACAGGCUCAACCAAGAACCAACUUCGUGGUGACUCUGUGUCACCGCCUACCGCCUCUAUUCGUUUGUUCAUCCAGUGUAGGUUAUGUAUUUCUGAUCAUUUUUAUUUAGCAUCCAUUUUUUAUUAUUUAAUUAUGUUUUAUUUCUAUAGAGAUGAAUAACAAUUAUUUAUUUAUUUUUUAUUUAACUAUUCACACUUUUGAAAGAGUGGUUUGACACGUGGUUAA